CUUGCAGAAUGCAAGGUUCAGCUCGCUCAAAAGCAGAUUUGCCUCUUUCGUGCACGAGGACAGAGCCGCACGCAGCAGUGAGUACUAUUAUAUAGUGAUGGACGUCAACAGGAAGCGUGUGUUGGAGCUCUCUGAACAGGGCGACUGGGACGAGGUGCUGCAGCUUAUAGCGCGGAACCCAGCGCUGGCCCAGGCGCAGGAUGACUUUGGCAUGUUGCCACUGCAUUGGGCCUGCACGGAGCCGUCGGUGAGCCUCGAUGUCAUUUCGACGCUCGUGCGGGCGUUCCCGGGCGCCUGCGAGCUCGAAAAUCUCUCGGGCAUGCUGCCAUUGCACGUAGCAAUCAAGGCCAAGGCGCCGGGCCUAUUGGUCAGCGCGCUUCUGGACGUGAACCUGCAGGCUGCUCUUGCCAAGGACAGCAGUGGCCACUACCCCGUGGAUUUGUCCAUCUCCAACAGCUUACCGAGCUUCACCAUCGACCUCAUCCGCAAGGCCGGCGCGCGCGCGUUGCAGUUAGGCACCAAGAUGCGGUCGACAUCGUCAACGGAUGACCUCACAAGCAUAAGCAGUAGUGACCACAACCAGAGCGAAGACGAUGACGAUAUUCCGAUGCUAGUGAAGACCCAGUCCAUGAUGACCUCGACUCGGUCUUUGGGUCGCGAACUUUACACGGCAUCAUUCACCAUGGACCCCAUGGACUCGAACACUAUUUCCUUGCAGCUCAAGGAACUACUUUCCCAACUGCACCAGCUGAGUGUAGACAUUCGCGUGAACAAUACGUCGUCAUCAACCUCGACGACGUACUGCAGCUCGCUCUCGAGCGCGUUCUCCUCCACCGGGCACCUCGGCACGGAAGGAUUGGCGUCGGUUCUAUGGAACCCUAGCGACCGCUUCGGUAUCGUGCUCGAGCCGGCCGUCAAGGGGAUGGGUGCCAGGAUAAAAGGUUUCUCGUCUCGUAGCGACGUGUUGGGCGUGGAGUCGCUUGCUGAGGGCGACGUACUGGUGAACAUCAACGGCACGUCGGUGGCGAACUCUACGUUCACGUCUAUUAUGCGCUUCUUGAAGCAUUUCAAGGGCACGUGCAAGCUGCGCUUCCGCAGUGCCGUCGACGCAACCACCGCGAGCAAGUGCAGCACAGGUAGCACGGGAAGCAAUCCCGCUGCGGAACAGGACAACGUCAUGUACUCGAAAGUGGCAGAGAUGCUGGAGACCACGCUUAAGAAAGUCUCCGCCGUCGAGGAAACAGUGCGUCUGAGCUCAGCCAUGUCGCUCUGCAUGUAA